UCUUUUACUGAGUCAUCCUCCUAUCAGUAUUUGUUCUGUUAAGAGUGCUCUUGAACUGAGUUCAUUGUUAAGAAGUAUUUACGAAUCUUUCAUUUGAAGCUACUAACAAGGUAGCUUGAAAUUUGUUUUGGUCACGCCCUUUUAAAUAAAAGUUAAGCCAAGGAAGCCAGACAAAUAUCGCCGGCAAAUGGGCAGCGAAUCGAGCGCGCCUGAGGCCAUGGUUGGUAUGGAGGGGAUGAGCAGCAGCAUGAGUGACUCUAGUUCAACGAGUCCCGUGCCGUCGUUAUCCGAUUUAUACUCUCAAGUGGAUUUCUACAUUGGCGUGGGACUGGCAAUUUGCUCCUGUUUCUUUAUUGGAUCUAGUUUUAUAAUAAAGAAGAAAGCGCUUUUGCGUCUAAGCAGACAAGGGGAUGUCCGUGCCGCCGCUGGUGGUUAUGGUUAUUUAAAAGAAUGGAUUUGGUGGGCAGGCUUGCUAACAAUGGCAAUGGGUGAAGGCGCAAACUUCGCAGCGUACGCAUUUGCGCCAGCUUCGCUCGUAACUCCGCUGGGUGCCUUAAGUGUUAUCAUAUCAGCAGUGAUGGCAUCAAAAUUUUUAAAUGAAAAACUAAAUCUGCUCGGAAAGAUCGGUUGCGUUCUAUGUAUUUUGGGCUCAACUAUCAUUGUUAUACAUUCACCAAAAGAGAAAGAAGUGGAAAAUUUAGACUUACUGUUUGAAAAACUUCAGGAUCCAGGCUUCAUUUUCUAUGUGCUUUGUAUACUUGGCUCGACAGUGUAUGUAGCGCUAUUUAUUGCCCCACGGUAUGGCCACUCAAAUGUUGCAGUAUAUAUUUACCUUUGCUCCGGAAUUGGUUCAUUGACUGUUAUGGCUUGCAAAGCCCUGGGAUUAGCCAUACGUGAUACGUUAAAUGGUACUGGUAAUGAUUUUGCCACUUGGAUGCCAUGGUUCCUUAUUUGUGUAACCAUUACUUUUAUUGCUGUACAAAUGAAUUACUUAAACAAAGCACUCGACGUAUUUAAUACAGGCAUUGUGACGCCAGUGUAUUACGUAAUGUUUACAUCUUUAGUCAUAACAGCCUCGGCGAUCCUCUUUAAGGAAUUUGAGCAUAUGCGAUUCGAAGAUAUCUUGGGCGAUAUUUGUGGAUUCCUAGUGGUAAUCCUAGCUGUAUUCAUGUUGAAUGCUUUCAAAGAUUUGGAUAUCACAUUGAAUGAUGUGCGCAUUAUUAUGCGCCCAAAGAUGCAACGUGUAUCGCAAUAUGAUGAAGAAAUAUUGGUAUCAGACCGGUCUAAGCAGAGACGGUGUUCAUAUGGAUCAGGUGAUAUUUUCCGCAAAGCUUGACGUAAGCAACGCCAUCGGGUUUAAGGCAAUUCCUUUGUUUUCAAUACUUAAUUUACAUUUUGACAUUAACGAGCAAUACCAACCAAAAUGCCUUUCCUACAUUUCCAAAUUUUCCUAGUGUAUUAUGUUUUUAUUUAUCUAUAGGCAUAUUAAAUAUGACUUUGUCAUAAGCGAUUUAUGGUUUUUAGAUGUAGUUUUAGAAGCGAAUGUCUUUUGAAAGUGGUGUAAAUGUGUAUAUCAUAACGAACUAAGUAAAUAAAGCUUUUGCGUACAUAGAA